CUCUUCGCCUCCCCCCGGGAGAGCCGUUUCCUGCGACGUAAUCGGAGUGCGACGGAAGCGCAGGUCGCGCUGAGGGAAACUCGGGUGGAACGAAGCGCGGAGUGGUCGAGGUGAGGGGGGACGAGGGAAGAAGCAGGGAAAAGGCUGCUUGCAGGCGGGCCCAGAGAGCGAGGUGGUCCAGGGGGGGGGGGCUUUCUGACGUUGGGUAUCCGGGUGGGGGUGGGGUGGGGUCUCUUUCGGUUGCCAUAGCGAUGCCGCCGUUUGCGUCGUUCUCGUCUCCCGAGCCUUUCCCCGCGUCGUUGGCCUUCGUGGUUUCAGCGAAACUGAGAAACUCAAUAAGCAAGCGGGACAGAAAGAUAACGCGCGCCCUUAAACGCACGAUAUUUAAAGACCUCGGUGUUCGUUGCCACGUAACCUAAAAAUUAUAAAGUCGCGGGUGUUAUUCUGGAGCCCAUCUUAUUGCGCCCCCUCCCCCGCACAUCCCCAACAAAGAUCUGUCAGUCUUUUGUGAAUUAUUCCUCUUUUCGUCUCUGUAUCCCUUUAAAAGCGGCAGUGUUUCCAGAAACUGGUCCGUUUCUCCAUAUUGGAGGAAAUUGCUGAUACUCGCACAAGAGAUAAGCAAGAAUAUAGGGAUUUUAAUCUUUAAAUUAGAAUGGCUAUGCUGCUGGCUUUUUGGUGUGUUGUUUUUUAAAUAUAAAAAGCAUUACGUAAGCGUCUGCGAGUUCAAGGUCUAGAUUGCACCACAUUACAAAUAAUGGCUAAGGCAGCUGAACUCCCUGGAAGAUUCAGUGGGGAUAUAGAUCCUUCAAGCUAAUGUUAACAAUAUAUUUGCCCUGUUGUCAGGCCCUUUUGGUUUGGGAUUGUUUGGCAACUUGUGUGUUUGAACUUCUGCUUGCUAAACUACUACAAGUGUUACAUAGUGGGAAAGUAUUGCUCCUUAAUUUAAACAUUUAAUAAUUUAAACAGUUGCAAAGUAGAACUUUGUCUAAGUAUUUCUUAAGAGACCAGACAGGGUAGUAAAUGGAAAUAGCUUAAAAUCUCAAAGUUUAUAGUUCAUUUCUAAGUUGCUGUUCAUUCAAUGAAGUUGAUUUGUAACAGUUAAAUUUUGCAAAAUGAAAUUAAAACUUUUUUUAAAAAAUUAAUAAUGUUGAGUUCAAAGUGCUUUUCAGCCUAGUCCUUAACUGACUCGCAUUCAUCAUUUGUACAUUUCUAUCACACAGUUGAUUGGCAACCCCAAAGAAAAUGUGACAGAAUAAUACAGUACUAGGUUUAGUGCAGGAAACUAAUUACCGUAUCUUCACACAGGUAGUGAUUACUGCAUGUUUAACUCAUUUGCCUACCUGGGGCAUUUUGAGAAAAUCUUUGUGGUCUAAAUAGAACCACAUUCCCCCAUAACUACAACUUCCAUAAAAAGAGACAUUUGUAGCAAGUUUUAUUUUGGAUGAAGCAAAUCAAAUUAUGAAUUCUUAUGGUGCUACUGUUGAAAAUUUCUUGGUGCAGGGACUUUUCACCUUUGUUAUUCAUAACAGUCAUGUACAUUGAUCACACUUUCAUAUUUGGAGUGGUCCAUCCACACUGGUGAUGUGGAUUAUCUUCUGCAUGGAAGCGGUAGAUAUUCUUUAAGUAUUUUUUUAUAUUUUUAGAUGCCUGUGACAGUGGGGCCAUAUGGCCAAUCCCAACCCAGUUGCUUUGACAGAGUGAAAAUGGGCUUCAUGAUGGGCUUUGCUGUUGGUAUGGCAGCAGGUGCACUGUUCGGCACAUUUUCUUGUCUCAGGUAUGUUGGAAUGUAGUUGAAUGCAACAUAAAUCCUAAGAAGAAUCUUCUUCGUUACCUUUCCUGGCUUAGGAACAGAGCAAAAUAAUGCAAUAUGAUCAUAUCACAAGGGGUAACCAUUUUGAGCAGGGAUUCAGUUUCCAGCCCAGCAUUAGUCAGAGAUGCAGAUAUAAGUGUGUCCCACCCUCAUUAUGGCCAUGGUCUGCACUCUUCCAAGUCCAUAAGGACCCAUGUGUCAGCGAUUGCAUGUUAAUUGGACGUGCCCCAAAUGGCCACCACCUGUACUUCACAAUCUUUUCUGCUUACUUCCCCAUCUAUUCUGCGGAUUGUUGCCAGAUAACAGACCAUGACUGCAAUCCUGUACAUUUCUGAGAGCAAGACACAUUCAUGAGUAUAAAGCUUUAGAUAAAAUGUAUAGUAGAAAUUACUUCAGCUGGAGAAUAAUUAGUACUAAAACUUUGUACUCUUAAACUGUGUUGGUGUAUAUGUACUAGCAAAGUAAAGGAUGGGGUUUGGGAUUAAUACUAAAUCUUAAAAGAUGUGUGUUUUCAAAUGACCUAUCAUUAACCUCUUCUCUUUGAAUUAGAGUUUAGUUUAUGGGAAGUGCUUCUGUUUGUUAAGUUGCACUGGCUGGCAGACCACCCAGUGGUUACUAUGAGCUAAUUUGCUGUAUAGGUCACUCCAAAGUACCCACUCAAAAUUAGUGAAGUUUUUUUACGUUGAUUGCAUUUCCCAGUAAUCAGAUACAAAAUUAUUUCCCUGUGAUUAUUGUGGGAAGUAACCACCUCUGUCAUUGUUUCUUCUCUUUUAGGUUUGGCAUGAGAGGGCGAGAACUGAUGGGUGGUGUUGGCAAAACCAUGAUGCAGAGUGGUGGAACUUUUGGGACAUUUAUGGCAAUUGGCAUGGGAAUCCGCUGUUAAUGUUACUUUUCUAUCACGAAGACCAAUGCCCCUGCAAGUUGGAAGUUCUGCUAUGUAGUAGAAUAAAAAUCUCUGCACCAGGAUUGAAUAAUCCAUCAAAUAUAAGUUUCGGCCUUUAUUGCUUUGGCAAGAGUUUGUAAAUCUUUUUCUCCGUAACAAAAGUGGCAAAGGCAGUGGAGAUUUAGAAGUAAUGGAAUCUCUGUAUACAGUGAAUCUCUAUGGAUGUGACCUCAAAUAAAUGAUCAAUUAUAGGAAUCAUACCUAUUAGAAGAUGCUUUUUAAUUGGUAUCAAGUGUUUCCUGCGUGGGUAUGAUUAGUUUAUUACAAGAUCAGCCAUUGUUUAUCAAAGGAAUCUUCUGUCCGUGAUUUUGUAAGCCAAACCAGGGAGGCUUGAAUUUUUGCAAAAAUCCCAAGUUUAUGGAGGUGGAAUAAAAUUGGACGAAAGCGUGUAUGUGACAGGAUUAAUUUGAAUCAUUGCAUGGAUAAUCAAAAGAAGUUGGUACCAAGUGUUUGCAGUGUAAGCCUAAUAACAGUUUCAUGUUUAAGUUGCACUUAUUAUGGGAGAGUGAAAGUAAUUUUCAUUGCAUGUUUAAAGAAGUCCAUAGCUUUCCACUUGGUGACAACAAGAACUUCCUACUGUAGGAUUGGAUCACUACUAUUAUAGAAGGGGAGCUCAGGCCUUUGAGAGAAGGGGAUAAUUAAAUAACACAAGAAAAUGAGAACUUGUUUGGGUAUGUUGUGAAUUGAUUUGGCAUAUUCACCAGAUUAACUAUUUUCACUUAAUAGGCAUAGUUAGUUAUAUAGGG